CACUUAACCUCAACUUUAGUUUUUAGUUUAGGUAUUUUUGUUUAUAAUGGAUUCAAAUGUUGACGACGAUUUUUGGAACAUAAGCAGUUCUUCUGGUUUUAAUUUUGACGAUGAAGAAGAAAUCGAACCUGUUCAAGAUACGAGAAAUUCUGUGUUUUCAUCAGCUGAAACAACUUUAGUUUUACCUAUACAUUCGAUAAUAUCAAAAACUGGAUUAGAUUUAGUUUUAGGGGACAUAAAGUCCACAAACCAAAGAGUAGUUCCUCCAAUUGAGGAAACUAUUAAAAAAAUGUUCAAUGAUCAAAAAUAUUCUCUACAUCAUUACCAAACAUUGGAGGAAAAGAUUUUAUUGCUAGAUGCAGCAAUUGAAACUCUUGAUGGAAAUAUAAUUUCAAAAGUUAUUUUGUACAUGAAGAAUACGUUAAAAUUGAAUCUGUUCCAUCAUCAAAUUGCUAAAAGGAAAAUUGCUAUUAAACAUUAUGCCAAUUAUUUAAUUUCCAACAACCAGUUACAACAAUUAGCUGACAUGUACAUGGCAACAGGAAAUUCUUCAAAUUUGGUUGAAUUGUUUUAUUUGAUUGGCAGAGAUAUAAACAAUAAAGAACUAUUACAUAAAAAGUUAUUGCAGUACAUUAUGGAACAUUUACAGAGAGUUGGAGGUGAUGAGAAGGGAGAACUCUAUGAUCAUUUAGAAUUUUUUCAAUGGCAAAUUGAAAAUCGUCAAAACAGCAGUUCAGUUAUAGAACAAUUGGCCUGUUUAUGUAAAACUGAGUGGACCAAAAACAAAAACAAUAAUGAUAAUAUUAUGGAGUUUAAAAAGAAAUUAAAAAUUGAUGAUUUCAGUUUUGAAUGGGUGGUUUUAAAUACACUGGCUAGCAUGGAACUUUGGCCUCAAAUUUACAAUUUUUUUAUAAAACCUAACUGGUUGACUAAAAAACAAAGUUUGAAAAGUGUGAUAAACCCCGAAUUGUUUGUCUAUGGUUUGAGUAGACACAAACCUUCAAAAGACAUAUUACAACAAUAUUUAUCUUUUAUAAGUGACAGUGAUACAAGCAUCAGUUUAGCUCAAAAAUUGGAUUGUCACAAAUUUGUCAUACAUCAAUAUAUAAAUCAAAAAAAUAAAAGCUCUCUAGUUGAUUACAAGAAUAAAGUACCACCACAAUCUGAGGAAUAUUUUUUGAUUGAACAUGCUUUGCAAACUUUACCUAAUCAAAGGAUGUAACAAGUGAAUAUUUUUAUAUUGUUCAAAUUAUAUUUAUUGAAAUGUUUAUGUAAUAAAAAAAUAUAUUUAUUA